AUGGCUCUUCACCCCCGUCCUUCUCAGCUCGUUGCAUAUAUGAACGGCGACAAUCUGAGUUUCCCAGCAGAGAUUCUCUACAAAAUUGUCGAUGCCGUCGCAGAGAAGCACAAUGCCUAUUCUAUCCUCUGCGCCAUCGCCCAAGUAUCCCAUGUUAUGCUACCACAUGCCAGGAAACAUAUCUACGAAACAAUCGACCUCAGUAUCGAAGAGACGGAUACGAUCGCUCGGUUGAGCCAGAGUUAUGCUGCAAAUCCUACCUUGCUGGCAGAGAUUCCCAAAACGUUAAACAUUUUCAGCGAUUUUGGUCGAAGCACACUGCUUGACUCACCCCUCCUCGGUACAAUCAUCUCCCAUAUGCAGAAUCUCCGCACGUUAUCAUUGACAGGUUGCAAUGUGGAGGGAAAACCCUUCAUCGACGUGUUCGCUGCCCCGUCAAUGGGAAGUAUCACCAGUCUCGAGAUCAGGGACGUUCAGCUGACAUUCCACGAAUUCUCCAUCUUCCUCAGCUCUCCUCGUUUGACCUAUCUCAGACUUGCGCAGCUCAUCAUUGUAGAAUACGAAUCUUCACCGGAUGGUGAAGAUGGGAUAGACUUUUCUUCCCCCAUAUGCGGUCUUCCUCAGCCGCGGUCGGCUUUGAAACGCCCUGUACAGGACCUACGGUUGGACAUAAUCACAACAUCCGAUGCGGUGGUUAUGGACUUGAUCGCGACCUCGCGGUAUCCUAUCAUCCUCCAGAAUUCCUUGGUUAAUGUUAGUUUCAGUAGCGAGUACGCCCUCGGUAAACAUGUAUACCGUUUCCAGCGGUUUCUAGACUGCAAUGCCGUGAAAUCCGCGCAAAGGAUACAUCUCGGUGACCCCGACAUGGAUUUUUUCACCGAACAAGACAGCAGUGAAUUUCCUCCACUGAGAUUUGAUACUUUCGAAGCUGUCGAAUUGCGCGUCGGUGUCUGUGAGGACUGGAACCCCGUACCCGAGUUCCAGUGGUGGGCCAAGUCUUUGAGGGUCGCUCGUUUCCGCUCUCCACUCAAGGAGUUGCAUUUGAUGAUCACCUUUAAUUACACUGACCGCGUCAACGUCAAUGAACUCCCAGACGUGUCAAUGCAUGAUUGGCGCAAUCUUGAUGGCGCUCUCUGCGGCAGGAACCUGUCGCUGAAGUAUCUGACUAUCAGUAUUGUGAAUCCGAAGUUUUGGAAUGCGCGGGAAAAAGUAGCCGUGGAACGUUGGUUCUUCACUUGCCUUCCGAAAACAUACGAGAAAUAUUUCGCGGAGGGGUCGGAGAAAAUUGCUACUCUAGAUAUUGUUUCUGAAGGCAAAGAGGCUUAA